UUGAUCUACAUAGAAAUCUUAGUCCUUAUUGUCCACAAUUCUUUUAAGUUUCAAGUGCUAAACGUGGACCACAAACAAAAAGGGAAAUUUAUUGAGGAAAAAAAUCCCUAGCGCAAAAAAACAAUUAGAAAAAUUUUAAACAAUUUAAUUUUUAAAAGCAUAUUAGUAAAAAUGCCAUUUUUUAAAAAAGUGAUUCUUCUAUUUGUUUCUAUAAAUUUUUGUUUCGCCGACGACGAACUGCCCCUGAGUGUUGAGGACCACAACACGACGACUGUAAUGCCAAGUGGUCGUCAGUUAGGCGUCAUUUCUUUCUUACAAAAACUGAUACCGACUCAAGACCCAAAAACGUACAUAUCAUUACCAUUUAAUCAAAGAUGCCCAUUGUGCGACAGUUCAGUUUAUUCCUAUUGUGGAGAAAGACUUUUGCACGACGCCUGCUGUUGUACUAAGACAUCUAAUUAUCAAUUACCCUAUCAAUGUCAACUCGCCGAUUGCAGCUUUCUACACGCGAAUACUUGUCGCGAACAUCGAUUAAUAGCCAAUUGUUGUUGCAGCGAUGAAUAUCGUUCGGUUUUGAAAAGUUUCAAAUAUUAAUGCGAAUGCCUACCAUGACGCCUUAGUAUAAUAAUUUUAGAUUACAACACAAUAAAAUAUUUAUGAUUAUAUAUGUUAAAUAUUUUUAAUUAUUAAAUUAUUAAUAAUAAUAAAUUAUCGAAAAAAA